AAAAAAAAAAAAAAAAAAAAAAAAAAAAACGAAAAAAAAAGAAAACAAAAGGAAAGGUAAUAAUGACGUAAUAUAAAGCCGUUCCGUCAUCUUCCUUCUUCUUCCCCGUUCUUCCUCUGAUUCUAAGCUUGCGUGCGAUCCCUCCGCUUCGGUGCAGCUCCCUCAGGGGCUGAUAAGUUAUGUUAAAAGAGAGGAUCCACUGCCAUGCAGAUCUGUUGCUGUUGGCUACAUAUGCAGAAUAAGUUUGAGUUACCAUCCUGUUAUAGUUUUUAUCAUCAUUACAGUUCAUAAACUUAUUGUAAAGACGUUAUCAGCUUACUGGCUUCGGGCUUCAGUCCUUUCAGUUAAGUUGGUACCGUCUUUGCGUCAUGCCAUAUUACAUACAGAGACUUUAUAAUACUUGCAAAGCUGCAUUGUCUCCUAAUGGACCUGUGUCAGAAGAAGCCCUUGAGAAAGUUCGUGCCAUGUUAGAAAAAAUCAAGCCCUCUGAUGUAGGCCUUGAACAGGAGGCACAGGUAGUUCGUAAUUGGUCGGGACCUGUGCAGGAACGUAAUGGGAGACGACAAUCAUUCCCACCAAUUAAAUACUUGCAUUUGCAUGAGUGUGAUAGCUUCUCUAUAGGUAUUUUCUGUAUGCCUCCAACUUCUAUCAUACCUUUUCAUAAUCAUCCUGGCAUGACCGUGCUGAGCAAACUAAUUUAUGGUUCCUUACAUGUCAAGUCGUAUGACUGGGUUGAUCUUCCAGGACUUGAUGAUAUUUCAGAAGCUCGACCCGCAAUGCUUGUCAAAGAUACAGAGAUGACAGCACCUACCCCAACGACUGUUCUAUAUCCCACAAGUGGAGGCAAUAUUCAUAGCUUCAGAGCCAUCACACCCUGUGCUAUUUUUGACAUCCUUUCUCCCCCUUAUUCUUCAGAACAUGGACGCCACUGUACUUAUUUCCGAAAAUCUCCAAGAAAGGAUCUCCCUGGUGAUUUUCAAUUGGAUGGAGAUGGAGAUGGAGAUUCAGUUUCUGAAGUGACUUGGUUAGAGGAAUUUCAACCUCCCGACAACUUUGUGAUCCGGAGAGGGCAGUACAAGGGACCUGUGAUUAGAACUUGAUCGAUAUUCCUGUUUUAGUUGUACCAUACAAUUUGGAAAACUGCAUCUUCUAAUUAUGAAUUAUUGAGCGAAAUUUCGGUAUAUGGGUUGUUCAUAGUCAUUGAAAAUAGUGAUAUUGACUGAAUUAGCUGCUCAUAAUUUGGCUUGCACAUAUGCUGCAUUGCACCUAAUUGAUCCCUACCUUAGCUUUACUUGCUAAUAAUAAUAUAUUUUGUGGGAAUUGCUUCA